AUGAUUAAUGUUCGGGACACUUCAAGAUCAAUGGACCCAGUGAUAAUCACAUUACGUGAAAUCACACAAUUACGUUAUUUGUUUACUAGCACUAACAAAUCGGCCAAAGCUAUACUAUCACCUAACCCUAAAACCAACUUUAAUUUAGGCCGAGUGUUUAAUCAU